AAGAAUCGUAAAGGCGCCUUUUUCUGCUCUAAAAACAUUCAGACUAGGGGCAGAGUAGCUGUUUUUUUUUGGUGUGGUUUUUUCCGUUUAGUCAGCAGCCGCUUUAGCAUUAACCAGGUUAAACAAUGGUAGACAAGAUGGAUAUGUCGUUGGACGACAUCAUCAAGCAGAAUAAGCAGCAGAGAGGAGGCGCGGGCGGCCGUGGUGGGAGAGGUGGCCGAGGCCGUGGCGGCGGUGGCCGAGGUGCAGGAGGCGCCGGGCGGCUGGGAGCUAACGCGGGUGGAAGCUUUGGAGGCCGCGGCGGAGGCUCAGGCCCCAUGAGGAAUCGUCAGAGCCUGAGCCGUGGCAGAAGCAGACCCACGCCGUACAGCAGGCCCAAGCAGCUCCCUGACAAGUGGCAGCAUGACCUGUUUGACAACGGCUACAGUGCCAAUUCUGGAGGCGGCGGCGGUGGUGGUGGAGGAGCAGGCGUGGAAACCGGAGGGAAGCUGCUUGUGUCCAAUCUUGACUUUGGUGUCUCUGAUGCAGACAUUCAGGAACUUUUCGCAGAAUUUGGAACCUUGAAGAAGGCUGCAGUCCAUUACGACCGGUCUGGACGCAGUCUUGGCACAGCAGAUGUCCACUUUGAGAGAAAAGCAGAUGCUUUAAAAGCCAUGAAACAAUACAAUGGUGUUCCUCUUGAUGGUCGUCCAAUGAAUAUUCAGCUAGUCACAUCACAGAUUGAUGCACAGAGACGAGCUCCAGUGCAGGGUCUGAAUCGUGGUGGAGGAGGAGGCAUGAACAGAAACAAGAUGGGGAGCUUUGGAGGCAUGCAGAGAGGACGGGGAGGUCGGGGAGGCGGAGGCCUCAGAGGCCGUGGCAGAGGGGGAAGGGGAAAUAACAAACAGCAGCUCUCAGCAGAAGAAUUAGAUGCCCAGCUAGAUGCCUACAAUGCCAGGAUGGAUACCAGCUAAACUGCCCAGUCUAUUUGAGCUGCAGCUUUCUUGGCACCGUUGUGGGGUGGAUGUUACCGCUUUGAAAUGAUGUUUUACAUGUCUUCAGAAGUUAAACUUGUGUACCAGUUUUCUCCUUUUAAACGCUGACCUUUUUUUACCUACCAUUUAUUUUGUUUUUAUUUUAUUUUUUUUGAAAACCUAGUCUGACUGUAGAACUUGAGUGUGGAGGUGCUUGUCUUUACCUUCCCUUUAUAGUUCAUUGUAAUAAAACCUGCAGUACAUAGUAUCAAAGAAAUGACUCUGCUUCCUUUUGUAUACAAGCAAUUGACGUAAAAUAUCAGUGUACAGAUAUAAGAUGGUUUGUAAAGCCAGUAGCCACUACUUAAUGAAUUUUUCAAUGCUGUUAAUACUGCUUAUGCUAUCUUAAAAUUUUAGGUGAACUUUCAAGGCAUAUUAGUUUGCACUUCAAUUGGUUGGAGACCCCCCCCCCUUUUUUUUUCUUUCUUUUAUAGUCCUCUAUACAUGCUGUAUGUUAAUCACAUUAAAUAUUUGUACAUAAUG